AUGUCAAAGAAAAGGAAGUACAACGAAGCUUACUUAUCCUUUGGUUUUACUUUCAUCGCUGAAUGUGAUGGGACACAAAAGCCGCAGUGUUUCCUGUGUGGCAAGGUUCUUGCCAAUGGAAGCAUGAAGCCAACAAAGCUGAAGGAGCACCUCACGUCUGUUCAUCCUGAAAAUGCAUCGGACAGUGUUGAUCUAUUUCGUGCAAAAAAGGCUCGAUUUGAGAAAGCUGGAACUUUACCAAAACUUGGAUUUGCCCCAACACAGCACAAAAGCCUUGUCUUGAAGCAUCCUAUAAGGUUGCUUAUCACAUUGCCAAGCAAAAGAAGCCACAUACGAUUGGAGAGACCUUGGUAA